UGUUUCUUUCACUCUUUCGUUCUCUCCCUUUUCCUUUCGUUUUUCUUUUUUUGGCUGCGCUUCUUAGAAACCCUACUCACUGCCUUCCACCCCAACAACAUAUAAUUCCUUUUCUCUCUUGAUCUUCCCCGAUUGUCCAGAAAUGCACUUGGCCAUAUCUAUCUUGGAGUUCUGUUGAUUCUAAUUUCACAGACUGGAAUUGCUCUGCAUUCCAUAAUCCUGCUUAAGUAAUUAAUGGACUUGUCAGCUUCCUUUGGCUCGGUCCGUGUCAUUCAUUUCAUGAUUUCUAGCGUUGUUGCUUAAAGCAGCUUGUGAUUUUGGUGAACAGAACGACCAGGUUUCUUGUGAUUACUCAUUGUCUGCGUGGGUUUCAUCACGUUACUCAUGGACCACCAUGAUUUAAAGGGAAGUGAAACAAAAAGUAAUGCUGGGCGCACCUGUUCGCCCCAGAAGCAAAGCCUUUUAGAGAUGGCAAAUGGCUUAGCUUAUUGUCGUAAAGGAUUGGCUGAUGCGAAUGUUGAGAUACAGAAAGAUGUGCAAAAUUGUAAAUGCGAAAUUGGUAGUUGCAAAGCUGAAAAGUUUCCAGGAAUUGAAAGGAACGAUCGCAUUGCUCCCUCAGGUUGUGUGAAGGAAAUUAGUAAUGAUUUGAGACCGUCUUUUAUUAUUUCCACAGUGAGACAUUCAGUACUCGAGAGACGAAUUCUUCCUGAAGGAACUUCCAUGGUUUCUCCCUAUCGUAAUGGAGCUGGAAGCAACGAGUGUCUGAAGAACAGUGAAGCAUCUGCAUGUUCUGCUGAAAAAGUUACUAAUUUCAAGAAAAUUUCCAUGAAGUUUGAUGUUGACUCAGACCAUGGACAACCGCUUGAUAGAGACUUACAUGCUGGAACGAACGGAUGUUGGCCCAAUUCAGGUGAAAAUGGAUCGAGGACUGUUAUGCGGGCAGUCUUUCAUGAUAAGCAAUGUAAAACCGAGUCAUCGUCUUCAAAUUCAUCACACAUCAUUCUCCCAUCUUCGUCAAAUGACAGCUGUCAGGAUACGUCGUUGGACACUCAGUCAUGCAAGCGUAGCAAAAUUGAUGCAAUGGAUACUUCCACUUGCACCGACUUAAAGAGCAAUCUCAAAGAGGCUGCUUUUACGAGUUCACGACCAGGUAGAGCAAUAUGCAAUCCUCAAGGUAAGCUGGAAAACACCGUUUCACCUGGAAAACGGAGCGAUAUGGUUAAAACUUCUGAAACCCUUGGUGUCAGAACAAGGAAUGGUGAUAAUGCGGCAGGGAUGAGUUCAGACAAUAACUAUGUUACAGUGGAGAAUAAUGAUAUUUCGAAAUCCGAUCUGUUUAAGAAGGGAAAUGAGAAGGUUGAUGUUCAUAGUAAAGCAGAGGUUCUUCAUGAGCAUGGUGAUGCGGUUAUUGUGUCUCCCACGGUUGCAAGCGAAGCGGAGCAAGAUUUUGAGGCUUCAGGAAGCUCUUCUUCUGCUGAAGGCAGAAAUGGUGAGAUGUUACGUCAGAGCUACAUCGAUUCUGUAGAUUCUAAUAGAAAAAGUUGCUUAACAGAAACUGGGUCUGUGAUCCAGCUGUGCAAACAAGAACCAUUACCAGACAUGGGUGCCAAAGUGUUUCAUGAAGUUAAUGGCGGUCUUCAUGGGCAAGAAUUGUCUUGCGAAACUACAAAAUCUGUAGGUUUAUCAUCUUGUGGCCGCGGCUCUAAAAUCGAUCUUAAUGAAGAUGUCAUUGAACAAGACUGGGAAUACCUUGGACAGUCGGGAAAAGAAACUGUAAAUAAGUUUGAGGGAAGUGUGUCAAAGCCAAAAGCUGUGAUGGCUAAACCAGGAAUUCCCUUAGACUUCCUAGCACCUAAAGUGAAGAAAGAAGGGAAUGUAGGUGGUUGGAUGGGUUCUACUAAAACUAGUGCUUUCCAACCAACUUCAAUCGCCAAGAAUUGCAUCAAAAAUAAGGCCUUGUCCACGAGUGCUGAGAAUGACAGUGAAAUGCCUUCAGUGGUUAAAAUGAUUGAUCUCAAUCUUGCUGCUACAGGAGCUGAUUUUGAUGUUGAAUCUCUUGAAGAUAAAUCUGCCGUAACAGAGUUGAGUUUCCCUUCAAAUAUGGAGAUGGGUUCUUCACAAGCAAGAAAGUUAGAUAUUGAUCUUAAUUGCGUUAGCGGAAAUGACGAUGACUGUCAUCAAUCGCCUCUUUCAACUUCAUUACCAAGGCACUCUGUAAGGGAUUUUGAUUUGAAUGACAAUCCAACUUCUGUGGAUACAUGCAGUGUUGCUUGCCCACCUAGUCAAGGCACCCAAGCGUUGAAAAGAAUGGGAUCAGAUUGUCCUCCAGUUUUCUCUGUGGAAAAUUCAAAACACCAAGACUUGAGAAGUUUCAGAUCUCCUUAUUCUACGGAUUUGUUCUCUAUGCCGGGCUUUAUCCCAGGUCAUGUUCAACCUUUUCUGGUUGCAGCACCCAACAUGCUUCCCUCAAAUGAACAACUACAAAGGGUUGCUUUCCUGCAGCCACAGUUACCGUAUGCACAACCCCCACUUAAUGCUUUCAGGAUUGACCCAAAAGAUGGUGCAUCGUCAACAGUAGGCUCGCACACCGUCCUACCAUACGUGGUGGAUCCACGUGCAACUGCCAUCAUAUCACAAGUGUUAGGUUCUGGUGGUGUUUCUGCCUUUCCCAAUCAUGUUUUCCAGGUUCCUCAUGGAUCAAAUCCCGACAACAUUGCUAUCACAAGGCCCAAUCUUGACGCAUACAAUGGGGUGAAUGUAAACAGGGGAGCAAAUGCAGGUCAACUUUGUAUGCCUUCGAGUAAUUUGACAUUGGAAGAACAGAUGAGGAGUUUCCAGCAAGUUUCGGUCCCUGCCGCGGGCACGAAGAGGAGAGAACCAGAAGGAGGGUGGGAUUCUCCUCAGUUUUCCUUCAGACAGAGGACUUCUUGGCGCUAGGUUUUCAGUUUCAGUUAUAUAUCUUUACAGAUUGCGAGUUCUGAAAAUUUUAAGCUGAAGUUUACCUCUGAUUUCUUAUAGUUCAAUUGUUUAACUUCAUUAAGUAGUUAAGAGUCAGACAAGAAGCAGCCAUAAAUAUUGGUUGAGAUAAUAUGUUUUUUUACAUGAUUCUUUUGCCAUUUCUAAUGCUUUCUAAGAAAGAGCUUCUGUACAUCUCAGUACUUUGUUUUGUGAAUAUAAUGACUGC